CCAUGGAGCUGGGUAUUCACAAUUAUAGACGCUUGGUUAAUGGAAUUGGAGGAGAUAGUUCUUUCUUCCAAUAAUUCUUUCUCUUUAUUCAUCCUUCUACUGUUCACCUUCAGUAAUGGAGGCCGGUAUGACUUCGACUGCUCGCCAGGUCCCUAACCGGGAUACUGGUAGGAUGUCUGUUGGAUCGGCAAUCUCAAGGGGAUCAGUGAAGAGGAGCUGGAGUUUCCCCCGGGUCUUUGGAAUGCGUUUCAAUAGACAAGUGGAUCAGCCACCGGCCCUUGUCUCGGACGGCAUGGGAACAGCAGACUGCUCCGUUUACAACACCCAGGGUCCUAGGAUGAACUCCAGGAGCGCACAGAGCAGCUUCCGCUUUUUCUCCCGCCAAAAACUUCCCGCUCUGCCUGAUUUUUCCGGCACACCGCUCAGGCGGGCAAAAUCAACGCAGGGCUUUUUUGCAGGCACAUUCAAGGUAAACCCAUUUUUCAAACGUGCCAGCGUUUUCCCGAACCAGAAUGACCAAAAUGAGUCUGAUAACAACGGCACUGGCUUCGCGGGCUCUGCCUCGAAUCAUGAGCGUGAUGUGCUUUCAACGUUUGCUCCCAUACAUCCUGGAGGUUCGCUGUCGGUUCCGUCAUCUGGGUCCCUUGGAGAGACCAAUGAUAGCCAUCAGCUUAGCGAGGAGACUCGAGAAGCAACCUUGGAGGAGAACAAGGCUCUCCUCGAUCCCACCCCAGGAUCGUCAACGCGAUCUGUCAUUUUGGUGCCUCGGAGACUGAAAAACUACUUCCGAAAAAACAGGAGCCUCUGGUCUCAUGAGAAACCAAAACCUCGCCCUGUUGGCAGACGUACCCCUGCGAACAAACCUCCCACGGAGCGCGACCUUGCUCGGCAACGUCUGUUCGAAGAAUCUUUGCUCAUUUGCCCAGAGAAGUUCCCUAUAGCGGCGCAGAAGCUAAUGAGUGGCGGGAUAACGGCCAACUCCUCUUGUGUAGCCUCUCUAUCCGCAAUUUCUCGUCGGGGUCAUGGGCGUUCCACAAUCAGUCUUUCUUUAACCGCUUCGUCUCCUCGACUACCGACCCAUUUGCGGUAUAUGGUGGAGGCUAUCGAUAGACCGUCAGCCGAGCAAUUUAUAGAGAGUACAAGCGAUCCGCCAUAG